AUGCUGGACAUUGGCAAGUCGCCAAGUUUGCCUGCGCCAAAAUGCUACUUCAGCACCACGAAUCUGGCUACCUAUAACGACUCCUCGGAACUACCGACGAAGAGGGCACCUUUCAAACUUCUGCAUAGAGCACCAUACUACCACACCAUAACGCUGGUUUCACCGAUGUCUUCUUCCCUCAAUAUCGCAUCACAUCCAUCAAAAUUUGCACGAUUACGCUUGCCGCUUCUGGGUCUUCUGACAGCGGACUUUUUCAACCAACACAUCAAGACCGGCAAUGUAUUACUCUUAUCAUCACCGCUGAAAGUGGAGACCACAUCCUCUGAAGCGAGCUUUACAUUGGUGGAUGGUGUGCUUACUAUAAUUUGUGACCGGGCACUCUACGAACGCGCUGGUCUUACAGGUACGGCUAUCCCAGACCCUCACGCCAGAAAACACGGCAACUCCAAGUUUCGCAUCGAGCUUAAUCUGCGAUUGCCUUCGAUGCUUGCUGGGAAGAAAGGAUUCGAGCGUAUCCUACGGGCUGCCGAGACGGUGUUCACAGGAGAGAUCUCAUGGUUGUUCUAUGAUGUUUCUGCAACAGGAGUAGUGGAAAAUGAUGCGACGCUAGGGAAGGAAGCCCAGAUCAAGACUGUCGAGACAAAAGCAGAAGACUUGGGACAUAUUCUGGUGCCCAACUUCCCAGCGCAAAUCUCUAAAGCUGCAUUCGAGCAAGAUGAUCUGGCUGACCUGCUAGAGUGGAUCUCGUUCGCGGCCAUCGGGUCUCCGAGGAUACAGCAAGGAGAUCUGGUCGAUGAAAUCAUCAGUCGCUACGAGGUGCCUGUCAUUUCACCAAUCUCUACCACAGGUGCAACAGAUCAACCAAGCACAGGCACAACGAUACAGAAUCUAACGAAAACAACAUUUACUGGAUUCAUGCCUUCCUCUUAUCUCAGCUCCAUCUUUGGAGACGCUCUGGUACAAUUGAAGGAGUCUUGGUUCGCAUUUCUGGUUCACGGAUUUGAGGACGGGAAAGGCUUGGUCAUACUCAAGACGAAAGACAACAGGCUAUUGAGUUGGAAUGUCGAGGGUUGA